CACAGACCUCGGAAAUGCGAUAGGUAUGCAGGUUCGCCACAAAAAAGAAAAAAAAGAGAGUCAGACUGCAGUGCAGAGUUGACUGGCUGUCCACCCCAGACAGUUCUUGAUCCCUCCUCCGCCAUGUGGUUGAACGCGCUGAUCUCGACAUAAAGGCCAGGUCUGCAGCAAACGCUCGAAGCUCAUUUAGAUAUUUCAAAUGCAAUAAGACAGAAUCUUUUUUUUCGACAAUUUGUGUAUCACACGAUUCCGAGUUUCCUUCGGAAUCAGACGAGCCAUGGAAUUAGAUAAAAGGCAUUCGAAGAUCCAGUUCUUGGAUAUGGACAACAUCACCAAGGAUGAGGACUCCGUCCGAGGGAACCCAAAGCUCUGGAGUCCUUGGAAGAAGAACCUUCUCUUCAUGGCUCUCAUGUCCAGUUCUCUUCUUGCAGACGGAGCGAUGACAUGGGGAGCAACUCUCAUCACCUAUCAGGCCGAAGAAUGGGAUAUUAGUGUCUCUCACUCUGCAACCAGCAUGAACUAUGGGAUUCUACUGCAAGGCUUUGGUGGAAUUUUUGCAGUGCCUUUUAUUGAGGCGUAUGGCCGACUCCCAGUCUGGCUGUGGCCACAAAUUAUCACCAUGUUCAUGGUGCUUGGUGCAACUUUGUCGAAUAGCUGGGGUGUCUUCACCACCUUCCGCAGCCUUCAGGGGCUAUUCGGGACUAUACCUCAGGUUAUUGGGCUGCCUAUAAUUCACGAUAUGUAUGAUGCAAAGGAUUGGCCUCGAAUGAUUAAUAUCUGGGGAACGACCUUUCUCGUCGGACCGUUCCUUGGUCCUGCUAUUGCCGGGUACAUCUUGGAAGCAAGCUCAUGGAAGAUAUCUUUUGCAGUCCUGACGGCUCUGUACGCUUUCUCCACCAUCUUGAUCGUCGUAUUUGGCUACGAGACAUACUACAUCUGGGGUCAGCGCCUUCCUGCCACCUCGCGCGCGGGAGCGUUCUUUGGCAUUGGGAAUACUCACCAGCUGAAACGCGCCACAUUGUUGAAAUGGUGCCGAACUUUGGCGGUUUACAUUUUCAAGCUUCCAUUGCUACUGACAGGUAUCGCUGUGAUGGUAGUAUUCACCUGGCCGAUUGGAAUCACCACCACCAUCGACACGUUCCUCUACGAGCCGCCCUACUUGUUUGAUGCGAUUCAAGCUUCGUCUAUGCGCUUCGCGGGUGCGUUAGGCGGAUUACUUGGUUUUGUAUUCGGUUUUCUCUUCAACAAAUGGAUUUUCAAAUUUCAUCGCAACAGCUGGCGAUCCGAGUACCGUCUACAUGGCGUAUGGGCCCCUCUGUUCUUUAUGGCUGCCGGGCUGGUGACGUACGGUCUCACGCUGCAUUCUGGAGCCCUCUGGGUUGGUCUUGCAUUUGGGUGGAUGAUGGUAAACAUCGGCAUGGUGGCGAUUACAGUGGCCAUCACCGCGUACGCGCUGGAAAAGUACCCGUCCCAUGCAACCUGUGUUGCCGCCAUCCUUAACAUGUGGCGAACAUGCGGAGGAUUCUCAGUCUCAUACUACCAGCCUGCCUGGAUUGUUCGCAACGGAACUGCGGCGGUGUUCGGAACCCAGGCCGCUGUGGUGGUGGCGGCGGUCAUCUUGACUGUGACGAUGGUGAUCAUCUUGGAGGGGAGGAAGCACACGCAGCAGGAGGAAGAAUUGUAGAUAAGCUGACUGGCAAAGACUGAGCCACUAGUUGUCCUGUGUAAAUACUGCCUAUUAGUGACGUGGUUUCUCUACAGUCAGAUAGCCACAAGAGCUCCAUAGACAAUUAUAAAGAAUCAUCUCACA